GGUUUCCUCGCCCCUUCUCCCUUCGGCUUUUUCUGGGCCCAGCUACCGCCGCCCAGCUACCGCCGCUGUGCUGCCGUCGGCCGGCGCCCCGGCCCUCUGCCGACCACCGAGCAGGAGCCGCGCGCGCAUCCUCACUCCACCGGUGAGGCGCCUCUACCAGGAAGGGCCUAUGCCACCUCGGAGCCCUGUCGACGCCUCCUCGCCGGAGACCCCGCCUGGCCCCCUCCGCCUCCCCACGAACCGCUGCUGUCUGAUGAUGCUCGUCGCCAGCAAGCCACGCCGCCCACGAAAUCAAGGUCAGAUUCGCUCCUGCUUAUGUGAUUUACAUGAGUCAUUACGGUGUGCAGAUGCCAAUUGAAAGCUGCCACAUGCACGGCAAGAUGAGCAAAGCAGUCAAGGUUCAGGACGAUUGACCGUAAGCUUACUGAAAAAAGGAAAUUGACAUCUCAUCGCAAACAAAUCAGGCUCGCCCCCUUCGCCGUACGUACUACUAGCCUCACAAGUCACAAGUCACAAACCAUCAUCUUCACUAGUAGUAGAACCCAGAUCGAGCAGCCAUGUCUGUUCCUGACGAAAACCCGAUUGCGGUGGAGAGGAAGAUAUUCUCAGCUGUGGAUCGCAUCCUGGUGAACAUAAAAGUCCUAAUAGGUGACAUCGGGAGCAAUCUGAAAAAGCUCCCCAAACAGAGCGACCACUCCUGCAACACCGGCGAUGAUGAGUUUGACGACGCCGUGGCGCUGCGGCACAUCGAGGUCAACAUCCAUGCCGAACAGCUCGGCGCCGGAGUCAACCGUUUUCAGGACAGCAUCGGCACGAAGCACCAUGCCGAGGAGGAGUCGAUGCCCUCAUUGGCGGAGCAAGAAGACGAGCCCGCGCGCCCCAUGUCUGGAUUGCACGUCAGGCGCCUGCUUGACACCCUCGACGGGCAGCUGAUGCAGUGCCUCCUCUGCCUUGCCAUCUUCCCGCCAGGCGAGGCCAUCAAGAAGAGGCUUCUCAUCCACUGGUGGCUCGGGGAGGGGAUAGUCCAAUCGGCAGACGCAGGGAAGGAGCGCUUCAACGAGCUGUUCGAUCGCGGCCUCGUUCAGCCCGCGCUACGCCGAGGCCACUGCCGACGUACACACUACUUCAGAGUGCACCCCGUGGUGCACAACCAGCUUGUGGAGAGCCUAGGUUUCUUCAGGUUUUUGGGUCAUGGCAAAGGCAACGUCGACGAAUAAUGCCUUCCUGUCAGUAUUCAAUCUCGACAUGGAGUACGUGAAGAUUCAUAUCGCAAAAUCGAGAAUCACCAGAGUCGUGCAGCUUGGGCGGUGGAAGAGGUCAAGGAAGCACCACAUCGAGCUGGUGGGAGACAACGACCUACUCAAAAAAGUUUUGGCGUGCAAGAACCUGAGGUACCUCAGCCUCAGGGGCAUCUCCCUCAUCGAGUCCAUACCCGAGGCCAUCGGCACGCUUGCCGAACUCCUCGUGCUCGACCUCAGGGCGUGCCACAACUUGGAGAAGUUACCGGGGUCUAUCGGCUCGUUGCUGAAGCUAGAGUACCUGGACUUGUCCGAAUGCUUCUUACUUGAAGAAAUGCCCAAAGAGAUCGGCGAGCUGUCCAAGCUGCAGGUCCUCAAGGGUUUUCUCGUUGGCAGUUCAAGAAAGAAGAGCAGCCCAUGCCGUCUCGCCGACCUGGCCACAAAGGCGCAGAAUCUACGGAAGCUAAACAUUACCACUGGACGGCAAUCUUUGGUGUGUGAUGAAGAUGAGCUCUGCCAAUUGGCGAAAUGCCAGCAUCUUGAGUCCUUGACAAUAACUUGGAUAGGAGAGGCAUCUACCGAGCCAUAUCUUCCUCUUCCUUCCAGCCUCACAAAGCUUGAUCUCCGGCGUGCCCCUACCGCAAGCCUUCUUAAUAUCAUUCAUCCAUCGACGUCGGUGAGCCUGAAACGGCUGUAUAUUAGGGGAGGGAAGCUCCGUACACUGGGGCAAGACGGCGGCUGGAACGUUGAGACACUGCGUGCUAGAUGUCUCAAUGAUUUGGAGUGUGAGUGGAGUGAGCUCCAUGGUUUGUUCCGAGAACUCCGUUUUGUGGAGAUGUGGAGGUGUGCCCGCCUUAGUUUCUGGCCUUGCGAUGGGCGGGGCGUAUGGGACAAAGGAUCUCCUUCUCUGGCUCGCCGAUCCAUUGGAGUCUGCUACGGAGUGAAAGGCAACAAUCUGCCACCAUGGCAUGAAGUCGUUCAGCUAUAUGCCUCGAACAACAUUCCUGCCAUGAGGAUAUUCUAUCCUCACCACGAUGUUCUUGAGGCUCUGAGAGGCACAGGCAUCGGUAUCAGCCUCGACGUUGAGGGCCAAUUCCUCCCAUCCUUCGCCUCUGAACCCUCCGUUGCGGCUGCCUGGGUGAAGACCAAUGUGCAAGCCUUUUACCCUGCAGUCUCAUUCAAGUUCAUCACAGUCGGCAACCAGGUUGCCCUGAGAGAGAUGAGAUACAUCCUCCCAGCGAUGCAGAAUAUCUAUGCAGCGUUGUCAGCAGUAGGGCUGGAUCACAUCAAGGUGUCAACGUCGGUGAGAAGGGACGUGCUGGGUUUGUCCUAUCCUCCCUCUGCUGGUGCUUUCUCCUCAGCGAUGGAACAGUACAUGGCACCUAUUGUGCAGUUCUUGGCCAAGAUUGGGGCUCCACUUCUGGCCAGUGUGUUCCCUUACUUUACUUACGUGCACAAUCAGGAAGGCAUUGAUAUCGAUUACGCCCUUUUCACCUCCCCGGGAACUGUGGUGCAGGACGGUGAACAUAGCUAUCAGAACCUCUUCGAUGCCAUUGUGGAUGCUCUGUAUUCGGCGAUGGAGAAGGUGGGUGGCUCAACCGUCAGAAUAGUUGUCUCAGAUAGCGGCUGGCCAUCGGCUGGGGCUCCUGCAGCGACCAAAGAUAAUGCUAGGGCCUACGUCCAGAACCUGAUUAACCAUGUGAGCAAAGGGACACCCAAGAGGCCCGUACCUAUAGAGACAUACAUUUUUGCCAUGUUCAAUGAGAACGAGAAAACCGGUGACGAGAUAGAGAGGAACUUUGGGCUCUUUGAACCUGACAAGAGCCCUGUGUACCCAAUCACCUUCUCUUAACCGAAAGGAUAGUACAAGGAGGCAGCUGCUACAAAAACUCAACCACUUUUCACUGAUCCUUCCAUUUUGUUUUGGCAUUUUAUUAGGGGUUGCUAUAUAACGGAAUCCCGUUUAGACGGAUACUCGCGAGACAGACCUAGCCCAAAAAUCGAGUGGGGGCAUCUUAUUAGAAUUGAUAGUGUGCUCAAAAUUUUUUACUUAAUUACACAUUAGUAAUACACUAAAUAUUAAAUUUGAGUGGAGUCCUAGGACCCCACUCUACAUACUGUGGAUCCGCCCGUGCUCGCAAGGUGUCAUCACCCUGAUACAUAGCUGAUAUCAUCCUAUCCGGACGAGAUUCUAUCCUGUAGCAUUUCCGUUUUAUUAAUGCACCUUGAAACUUCCAUUCUCUCAUCCAGAUAACCGUUAAACAUUGUGUAAUGUAACCGUCCAUAAUGAAUAACGUUAUUUCUUCUUGGA